GGAGGCGGUCACAGCCACAACUCGGGAUUUGCGAGCCAGUGUCGGGAUGGGGUCUGUUUCCAACCAGCAGUUUGCAGGUGCGAAGCCGGGCGAGGAACCGGCCGGAGACUCGCCCAAGGCCGAGAACGAAUCUCAGCCUCUGCACGGCUCCGGCAUCUGUAAAUGGUUCAAUGUCCGCAUGGGCUUCGGCUUCCUCUCCAUGACCGCCAAGGGCGGCGCGACCCUGGACUCGCCCGUCGAUGUCUUCGUGCACCAGAGCAAGCUCCACAUGGAGGGUUUCCGCAGCCUGAAGGAGGGCGAAGCUGUCGAGUUCACCUUCAAGAAGUCAUCCAAAGGUUUGGAGUCCAUCCGGGUGACCGGCCCGGGAGGUGUCUUCUGCAUCGGCAGCGAGAGGAGACCCAAGGGCAAGAGCCUCCAGAAACGCAGAUCGAAAGGAGACCGAUGCUACAACUGUGGUGGGCUGGACCACCAUGCCAAAGAGUGCAAGCUCCCGCCGCAGCCCAAGAAAUGCCACUUCUGCCAGAGCAUCAGCCACAUGGUCGCCAACUGCCCCGCGAAAGCACAGCAGUCCCCCAGCUCGCAGGGCAAACCUGCCUACUUCCGAGAGGAGGAGGACAUGCACAGCUCGGCCCUCCUCCCCGAAACCCGGGAAUGAUGGUGGGCGGCAGGGAGAGGGGGCUUCCACCGGGAUGAAAAGGCUUUGGCAAGGCAACGGGGCAGCCGCGGGGGCUUGGAGGAUGGACGGCAGGGUGAAAGACUGGGGAGGGAAGGCAGCAGUGCUCAUGGCAGGGACCUGGUGUCCCCGCACAGACCUUUUCCCCCUGUUCCCAGCCUGGGAAAAGCUCUGCCUUUAAUCAGGAUGGCUUGUUCCAAACAUAGGGGAAGCAGGGCCCAACACACCUCUUCCAGCUAAAAAGAACCAAACCUGUAUUUCAUCUAACUUUAUUCUUCUCCUAAAGGAAGCCAGGCAAUAGCGUCUCUGGGAGGAGGAGCAGAGAAGCGACACCUCAGGGAGGAGCUUAUGGCUCCUUGUUCUCCUGAGUUUCAAGCAGGCUCUAGCAUGGCUUGGAUGAGCGGCAGGGGACCCACUCCUAUGCCUGCCCCAUCCCGCUCUGCUGCAAGGAGGAAGGCCAAGAGGGGAAGGCUGGCUGCAGAGCACUGGGGAGAUGCUGUGGGCUGGCCCCACGGGUCCCCUCAUAGUUUCUCACUUGCAGAUUGAUCUGGGGAUUUGCAGUUUCUCUGUGGUUGCCCCACUGCUGAAAGCAGCAGAGCCCAGCUUUGGGCUCAGUCUGGAAGGAAAUGGGGCAUCUCUGGGGUCUGGGCUAACGCUGCCUGCUGCGGGCUGCGAGCUGCAGCUUGGGGAAGAUCAAGUCGAAAGAAAAACACUUAUUUUCCCCCUACCUCUUCCUAAGUGCCAGCCCAGAGAGCACAAGGUGGUUUAUGCAGCCAGCUCCUCCCCUCUAAGGCUUCUCCCUGCCUCUGAAAUGCAGAGCUGGGGAGUAGGAGGGCUUCACAGAGCAGAAAUGCUCCUCCCUAAGUGU